GUCAACGAGUGGAGGAGAGAGAAAGUUAGGGUGAGAGAGAGGGGGUUGACCAGGUGUCUGAAGAGUGAGCUACCGACCCAUGUCUCACACGCUCAAUGGCGUUGAAUUCUUUAAUAAAAUCAUGCAGCUUUGAUGCCUCUCUCUCUCUCUCUCUCUUACCAUAUAACCAACCCCAUGCAAUCACUUCUCGUUUCCUACUGUCCAUUAUAUAUAACAAUGCCAAUCUUCUCUCUUCCCAUAAUAGAAAAAACCCACCUCCCUUGUUCUUUUUCUUUAUUUGGAACCAAAAAAUAAAAGAGUAUUGAGCAAAGCAGAUAGUGAAGCAACAAAGCAUUCUCUUUUAACAUUGUACUGUUCUUUGCCUUGCCAUCUCUGUUCUUUGGCUUUUUGUUUCUUUUUGUUAUUGUUUUGCUUUUGGUUAAGAAAAGAAAAGGAAAGAAAAAUGGGGAGAAUUCCAUGCUGUGAGAAGGAAAAUGUUAAGAGAGGACAGUGGACGCCUGAAGAAGAUAACAAGCUCUCUUCCUACAUUUCUCAGCAUGGCACUCGCAACUGGCGCCUUAUACCCAAGAAUGCUGGUCUCCAAAGAUGUGGGAAGAGCUGCAGGCUACGUUGGACGAAUUACCUGCGCCCCGACCUCAAGCAUGGCCAAUUUUCGGAUAUGGAAGAGCAAACUAUUGUCAAGCUACAUUCUGUUGUUGGCAACAGGUGGUCUCUGAUUGCAGCUCAGUUAACUGGCCGCACCGACAAUGAUGUCAAGAAUCACUGGAACACUAAGCUGAAGAAGAAGCUAUCAGGUAUGGGCAUUGAUCCAGUUACUCACAAACCAUUUUCCCAUCUAAUGGCUGAAAUCGCCACCACUUUAGCCCCUCCACAAGUUGCCCAUCUUGCUGAGGCUGCGCUUGGCUGCUUCAAAGACGAAAUGCUUCACCUUCUUACUAAGAAGUGUGUUGACUUCCAGCUCCAACAGGCCAAUGUACCGCCGGGAAGUUCCUCAGGAACUUAUAAUCACAACAAUCAAAAUGAGAAAGAUGGUACUGUCGAGAAUAUCAAACUUGGUUUGUCAAGAGCCAUUCAACAGUCUGAUCUGAUCACUCCAUAUAAGCCUUGGAAUUCUACUGAUGCAACAACAACGAACUUGGAGGGGACAAGCAAUUGCUUCCCAGCAUCAACGUCAGGAUUUCAAUACCCGCCGCCCUCGUUCGGCAAUGAAGGGGAUGUGCCGUCAUGGAGCCAGAGCAUGUGUACGGGGAGUACGUGCACUGGAGGAGAACAACAGGGGCAACUGCAUGAAAUCCUUGAAGAACACAGAGAGGAGCUAUCAGAGGGUGGAAAAGAGAUGAGAAAUGGGACAAGUAUAUUCAGUUCAGACUCUGUGUUGUGGGAUUUGCCAUGUGAUGAUCUGAUGAAUCCAAUAGUAUGAAGAAAUUGGCACCAAAAUCCCAAAUAAAUUCUAUCAUCAAAUGAUACAAUUGUGAAUAGAGGUUUCUCCAGUGGCCCUUCAUUGUAUGAAUCGGAGUACUUCACAGAAUCUGUUUAGUCCGAAGAAUAAGGAAGCAACUGAAUUAGCUCAGCAUAAUUUGUAGAACUCCCCCUUUCUAUUUACAACAACAU